AUGGAGGCCAAAGAGACAUACUACGAAAUUCUAGGCAUCGACAGAGAGGCAACAGAAGACGACAUUCGAAAGGCAUACCGACGUCAAGCUUUAUUAUGGCAUCCCGAUAAGAACGUCAAUAGACGCGAAGAGGCAGAAGCGAAGUUUAAACUGAUCUCCGAGGCUUACGAAGUUUUAAGCGAUGGUAGUAUGAUCGAGAAAAGAAGAAUAUAUGAUUUAUAUGGUGAAGAGGGUCUUAAGAACGGAGGUCCAGCGUUUGAAACUAGAGGACCACAAUUCGCACACUUCCAAUUCCACGACCCAAAUGAAUUAUUCAGACAUGUUUUCGGAGAUAAUAUCUUCUCUAAUCCUGUCUUCUCUAAUCCUGUCUUCUCUGAUCCUGUCUUUUCUGAUCCUUUCUUCUUUGAUCCAUUUGCGAGAUCACCGUUUUUUGGUAAUUCAAUGUUUUCUGGCCCCAUGCCUGGUUCUUCCAUGUCAUCAUCGUCAUUCUUUUCAACCAACUCAUUGGGAGGUGGUGGCGGUUACAAAAAAACGACUACGACACAAAUAAUUGAUGGAGUUAGGACCACGGUGACUAGAACAGAAGAUGCGCAUGGAAAUGUUACCGAAGAAAUUAUAACGUCCAAUAAUACAGGACAUUUAGAGAUGAAUAACACGCCUCAAUAUUAUAUUCAAAAUGGCCACAGCACGACUAAUAAUAGUAGGAGAAGUAUACCAAUUCAGGAAGGGGGCAUAUAUUAUGUUCCUGUAUAUGGACAACAGCAUGAACGGAAUUCAUACGAACGAAUAAGUGGGAAUCAAAACAAUUAUGAACCUCAACAGGGAUCAUCGCGUCGUAGACCGAGCGAAGGAAGUAUGUUUGCUUCAAACUACAGAGGUUAA